AUGGCUCUUCCAAACAAGUACCAGAAUGGCAGCGUUGACUCCUCUACCAAGGGAGUGUACAGAGCAUCACCCGUUAAGCUCAUGAUAUACGGCAAUGGAACAAGCAAUCAGCUUGUAGAUGUCAUUAGCGAGCUCGGUGCGACAAAAGCCUUCAUCAUCACAGGCCGGUCAUUGUACGAGAAGACGCCAGUGAUUAAAAACAUCGAGAAGACUCUGGGAUCAGCUCAUGGCGGUACAUUCAGCAAGAUUGGUCAGCAUGCGCCGAUCCAGGACAUCAAGGAAGCAACAUCCUUGAUGGCAAAGUCAGGUUGUGAUGUGCUUGUAUCUAUAGGAGGUGGAUCACCCAUCGAUUCAGCAAAAGCCAUUGCAUACAACAUCCACCAGGAGACAGGAAAAUGGAUACCCAGCAUUGCUGUCCCAACAACGCUUAGUGUCGCCGAGACUACACAAAAUGCCGGUUUUACUACAGAGGAAAAGCACAAGAUUGCGGUCAGCCAUCCGGAGCUGGUACCCAAGGCUGUGGUUUAUGACGGAGACAUUGCUGUAUAUACACCUCUGAAUCUCUGGACUAGCACAGGGAUACGCUCUCUGGAUCAUGCAGUAGAGCUCAUGUACCAUCCGCUUGCAGCUGAAAUACCGACGAAGCGCAUGGCUCUGGAAGCCAUCAAGGAUCUAUUUGCCUACUUGCCCCAGUCAAAGGCUGACCCCAAUGAUGCCGAAGUUCGCACAAAGCUUUUCAUUGCAUGCUAUUCGUCACUCUUCCCUUUCCUCUACACUGGUGGCGUUGGCCUCAGCCACAGCAUCGGUCAUGCAAUCGGUGCUACAUAUAGUAUUCCGCACGGCAUCACCAGUUGCCUCAGUCUAGCUCCCACAGUACACUACAAGGCUAGUAACCCAGAAGAAGCAAAGCAAAUUGCUAGAAUCAUUCCGUACAUUGGCAAGCAAAGUACCGGUAGCGACGAGAAUGAUUCGCACAUCGUCGCCGAUGCCAUUGCUGGCCUAGUUGAGGAGCUAGGGCAUAAGACUACAUUGACAGCUUACAACGUGCCAACGGGCGAAGCUGAAGAAGAAGCUAUCGCAUUGCGCGCACUGCAUAGUAAAGAACACAAAGAUUUUGCUAGCUCCCCAUGGCUUUUUCCGCUGCAUGGCAUGACCAAUCAACGUGCGUUUUGCCCGCAACCUCCGCAAUGCUCUCGGUUAAGCUCUUUUCCGCCGCCUCCGAUUGUGGAGACAUUCUCGCCCGCCAUCGGGCACGGCAUUUGUCCUUCAGCAAUGCAAAGAUCUCUACUCUUUUCGGCGCGCCGCCGUGGCCCAGCGACGGGCAUGCGCUUCUUUUCUGCCAGCGCAUCACGACCGGCAAUCAACAAGAUAGUCUCUUCCGCACAAGAAGCCAUCAGGGACAUGAAGCCUGACUCCACGCUGCUGGUUGGUGGCUUUGGUUUCUCUGGAGUACCGAACACACUCAUUAAUGCUCUGCGCGAUCGAUCCGACCUUACAAACUUCACAGUUGUCAGCAACAACGCUGGUAUGCCUGGCGUUGGACUGGGACAGCUUCUGGAGACCAAGCAAAUUGGUACCAUGAUUGCGAGUUAUAUUGGAGACAACAAGGUGUUUGAGCAAAUGUACUUGAAGGGAGAAUUAAGUCUGCAGUUGACCCCUCAGGGUACUAUUGCGGAGAAGUGCGCUGCUGGUGCUGCGGGCGUACCGGCUUUUUACACACCGGCUGCAUAUGGAACAAUAGUACAAACUGGUGAACUGCCAGUCCGCUACAACACUGACGGAACGAUCGCAAAGAUGGCACCACCAAAGGAAACACGUGAAUUCAACGGAAAGUCGUAUGUCAUGGAAGAGGCUAUCUUCGGAGACUAUGCAUUCGUUAAGGUUGCCAAAGCCGACCGUCUCGGUAACUGCCAGUUCCGAAAAGCACAAAACAACUUCAACGAAGCAAUGGGCAAGAACGCAAAGAUGACAAUUGUCGAAGCAGAUGAGAUUGUUGAAGAUGGCGAGAUUGCACCUGAGGAUAUCCACCUCCAGGGAAUCUAUGUCAAGAGGGUGAUUAAGAGUACAGUAGGCAAAGAAAUCGAGAGAAAGGUGUUCUGGAAGAGCCCUGAAGAGCAGAAAAAGGCGCUUUUGGAAGGCGGAUCAUCCGAGGCAUCACAAAAACGUGAGCGUAUCAUCAAGCGCGCGGCACAAGAGCUCAAGGACGGCAUGUACGUCAACCUUGGUAUUGGCAUGCCGCUCGCAGCACCUGCUUUCCUACCCGAGGGCACUGAAAUUAUACUCGAGUCUGAGAACGGCAUCCUGGGUAUGGGAAGGUAUCCUAAGCCAGGAGAGGAAGACCCAGACCUGAUCAACGCAGGCAAAGAAACAGUCACACUCAUCAAAGGCGCUUCAACAUUCGGAAGCCACGAGUCUUUUGGCAUGAUCCGUUCCGGCCGCAUAGACGUUGCCAUGCUCGGCGCCAUGCAAGUAAACCAAUACGGAGACCUAGCAAACUUCAUGCUCCCCGGCAAAGUCAAAGGCAUCGGCGGCGCCAUGGACCUCGUCGCCAAUCCCACGCAAACCAAAGUCGUCAUCACCAUGGAACACGUCGACAAGAAGGGCAACCCCAAGAUCCUCAAGCAAUGCACAUUCCCGCUUACGGGCCAGAAGUGCGUCAGCACAAUUAUUACGGACCUGGCGGUUUUCGAGUGUGAUCGUGUGGAGGGCUUGACGCUGAUUGAGCAUGCGAAGGGAGUCUCGGUUGAGGAGAUACGGGCGAAGACGGAGGCAGAGUUCAAGGUUAGUGAGGGGUUAAAGGAGAUGAGUGUGUGA